AUGACCAGAUGGCCGCGGUUGGGUUUUUUGGGGCGUUUUAAGUUAAUUUGUUCACUUGUCGACUCUGUAUCACACUCAGACAAAAAAAAAAAAAAGGUUUAAGUUUCGAGGAGAGUUGCUUCCGUAUCGAAAGCGCGGUAGAUCGAUUAGAAGAGCAGCGGGAGGGUGAACAAACUUUCCGGUGCCGUUAGUACAGAGAUCAUUUUUCUUCGACAGCUACCGCGUCUCCUUCCCAGCUGACGGGCGAAGCUACGAGGUGGAAGUACGAGAGACGGGAAACAGAGGGAAAGUGCUCAACAAUGUGGACAGAUAAGCAAAGAGGAAUACGAGUUUCUCAGGCAGAACUCCUAUGCAAGAAUGCCUGUGGGUAUUAUGGAAACCCUGCAUGGCAAGGCUUUUGCUCCAAGUGCUGGAGAGAGAGAACCCGUAAAGCUGGAGCCCAGAGGCAAGACGCAGGCCAAAGCAAUGAUGGAGCGCCGCUUACUUUCUCCAAAUUUGAGGAGAAGAAGAAUACGGAGAAGGGUCGCCGAGUAAAUACAAUGAUGAGACUCUUCUGGGGUAGCCCUUCACCUCCAAAGCGUCAAGAGUCUUCUGAAAGCCAUACCAAUGCUCUAAAAGCAUACCAAAGUCUAGAGCCUGGGGACUUCACUGGUUUUCUGAAGCUACUUAGGAGCCCUCCCUCCCAGCGUUUACAGUCCCGCUGCACAGCCUUCUUAACUACUAUGGAGGCUUAUCACGACCUAGAAGUUCAGAAGCAGUCUGACUUGGUGCAAGAUUUCUACCAGAAUAUUGCUGAUUAUUUCAGUGGUUUUUCUGAGGCUCAGGUCUCUCAGAUGAUGGAGCACGUUGAGAAACUGUUAAUGACCCGUUUGCAUAAAUGGGUUUUCUGCCAUGACAGCUGUGAUGAUGAGCAGAGGGACCUUAUUCUCCAGAGAAGAAUACGGUCCUUAAAUUGGGUUACUCCACAGAUGCUGAGCGUACCAUUCCCUGAUAAAAGAACUGCAAUCGCAGGGGAUCCCUUUCUACCGGCUAUAACAGCUAUAAUUGAGAUGGAUGCCAAACGAGCGCCUCAGGACAAACUUGCAUGUGUGUCCAAAUGCAGCCAGCAUGUCUUCGAGGCUCUCUCGAUGUCAAACAACGAGCCGGCUAAUGCUGAUGAUUUCCUUUCUGGCUUAAUUUAUGUGGUGCUUAAGGCCAACCCACCUCGUCUCCACUCAAACAUGCAAUAUGUUAUCCGCUUUGGUCUUCCCCACAGUCUGAUGGCAGGAGAGAGUGGCUACUAUUUUACAAAUUUGUCUUGUGCUGUUGCCUUCAUUGAAAAGUUGGAUGGCCCAGCACUCAACCUCAGCCCAGAAGAGUUUGAGGGGUACAUGCUGCGUCGCCAUGCACCUUCCAGGUCGAGAGGAAGUGAAAGAAAACAGAUUUCCAGUGCAACACAGCAUUUGUUGGAAGAGCUGAAGGGCAGACAGGAAAAGCUGGACCAAGGAAUGAAUGCUGUCAAAGUGCAGUUAAAACAGUGGGUGGAGGAAGUUCAGACACAGGUGGACAAGGCAACGGACCAAUCUGCUGUGUUGCAGAAGGAGAUGACAGCUCAGUCUGAGCUGCUGCAGAGCUGUUCAUCCUUGGUUCAAGGUGUGUUGCAGGACGUCGAUGAUGAUGAUGCCAAAAAGCAGUCAUUGCUGAUGCUGAGAGAUCAAGAUGUCUUCCCUCAGGACACUCAGUGUUAGAUACACAAUACUGAGAGGAGGAAACCUGUCUGAGCUAGUCUUUGACUCUACUUUUUAGUUCUCAAGAGUAAGUAAAGAUAGAUAAAAUUAAAAAAUAUUAAAUUCAGUAUUUCACAGAAAGCGCGCAUAAAUGAAGGUACCAAACAAGCACACGUUUUUCUGUUCCAUUGCCGAGUUUGCACAGCAAAAAAACAUAAACACAGCAAACUGUUCAUUUUUAAACAGUACUUAAGUGCUGAACACAGAAGCCUUUAAUUGGUUUCACAAGGCAUGAAAAACUUUUGUUAAAUAAUUGUGAUAAAGCCUAUAGGCACAUCUCCAUGACAUAAGAAGCAAAGUGAUUAAAGAUGAGAACUUUUACUCUACAUUAAGAUGACAUUUUUGUAUAAAAUGUACUGUUAAAGUCAUUUUCACUUGUAAGUUGUUCGUAGAAAAAAACAUCUUUGUGGACCUUCCAGUUUUAGUGAGAGGGUAUUUAUUGCAUAUUAAAAGUUAAACAUUACACUUAACAGUCCUCAAAAAUAAUACUCAAGCAUUUGGGUUACCUAGCACUUACUGGGGCUGUUGUGACAUUUUAGUUUAUUGAUAAAAUAUUCACUAAUUUCCCCCCAACAUAAGCAGACUGUGAGAAAUUGAAUAAAAAUGUGAGAAGAUAAAAAUGUGACAUGUCUGCUGAUCAACUCGGACCAAUGCAAGUCACAGUUGUUUUGUUCAUUGAGCGCAGUUUUUCAAAGAUGUGUUUUAUGAAUAAAUAUUGCCUUCAGUGGGUGUACAAAUUUGAGUGGAGCCAAACUGUUUACAGCAUUUUUUUCAUUUGCUGUGCUGGUGAACUUGAAUCGGAUCAUCUUGCAGCAUUGUACCUUGAAGAUUUUAUUUUGCAAAGGUAUUGUUUAUGUUUUGAAAAGUUUCUGAAGAUUUAUGUUAUCAAAUAUCGAAUCCAAAUUUAUAUUAAACUCAC